AACCUGUGAACUGGCCCUCCCUCUUAUAGCUCCCUCAGACAGGAGGCAGCAGCAGCAGCAGCAGCAGAAGGGAGGAGUGAUGGAUUCCGAGGACCAACAUGUGGUCAUGGAGGAAAAGCUAGAGGGGAAGAGGAGGAAGGGAAAGGGUCGGAGGAAGCAAGAGAAGGAAUACAAGCUGUUGAGGUACGAGGAGCUGCCGGAGUACAUGAAGGAGAACGAGUUCAUACGGGAUUACUACAGGGCGGAGUGGCCGAUCAAAAACGCACUGCUCAGCUUCUUCUCUUGGCACAACGAGACCGUCAACAUCUGGACACAUUUGUUGGGAUUCCUGGUGUUCUUGGGGCUCACCUUGCUGCAUCUCAGUCGUCAUGUGCCACAAGUGGCUCAACUCCUCGGGCAUCUUGCUUGGUCGAUUCCUACAAGUGCGGUGGACAAUGUCUCCUGCGAUCUGGGAAAUUUCUUUGGAGAAGCAGCGGCGUUCAUUAAGCUGUACAUUUCCUCUGAAACUGCUGCCACCUCAUCUCCUUUGCCGCCGGCGGCGGCAGUGCGAUGGCCCUUCUUCGUGUUUCUCGGUGGCUCCAUGUUCUGCCUCCUCUGCAGCAGCUCCUGCCACCUCCUCUGCUGCCACUCCCACCGCCUCAAUAUCUUCCUCCUCCGCAUGGACUACGUCGGCAUCGCCGUCAUGAUCGUGACCUCCUUCUUCCCCCCCAUCCACUACAUCUUCCAGUGCGAUCCCCAUUGGCAGCUCACCUACCUGGUAGCCAUCUCCGCCAUGGGCUUCGUCACCGUCUUCACCCUCCUCUCGCCGCAUCUUUCCACCGGCAAGUUCCGGGCCUACCGUGCCUUGCUCUUCUCGGGGAUGGGCCUCUUCGGCAUCGUGCCCGCCGUGCACGCGGCCGUCGUGAACUGGGGCGAGCCGCGACGCAACGUGACGUUGGCGUACGAGGCGGCCAUGGCCGUGUCCUACUUGACGGGGACCGUCUUCUACGUGACGAGGGUGCCGGAACGGUGGAAGCCCGGUUGGUUCGACCUCGCCGGCCACAGCCACCAGAUAUUCCAUGUGUUCGUGAUGGCCGGGGCGCUGUCGCACUACGGCGCGGCCGUCGUCUUCCUCCGUUGGCGCGACGAGGUCGGCUGUGGCACGCCUUGAUCUCUACAUUCUUUGAUGGUGAUGAGGGACUAUAAAGGAAGCUAUAGCUCUCGCAACAAACAUGAAAUGACUUCUCAUACGAUUCAAGGUGUAUUGAUCCAAGCAAUUUUAAUUCUUGUAUUCUAAUAAAUGAAAGGUUUGAUCAGAUACUUAUUUAUU